AUGCCAGAACUGGCGACUCUGGGAAAUCCUUCGAGGCAGAGGGGUGGAGUCGAGAUCCAGUUCAAGGAUGUGCAAUACACAUACCCGACAAGAGACUUGCCGAUAUUCGAAAGUCUCAACCUGACCAUCAAGAAGGGCCAAUUUGCGGCACUGGUGGGGCCAUCAGGGUGUGGAAAGAGCACGAUUAUCUCGCUGCUAGAACAGUUUUAUCAAGUCCAAGGAGGAACCAUAUUGAUCGAUGGGCAGGACGUGACGGAGCUGAAUGUCAAGGAGUACCGCAAAAUAAUGUCCCUUGUUGCGCAGGAGGCAACUCUCUUCCAGGGGACCAUUAAAGAGAAUAUCCGUCUCGGGGUGGACGAUGCAACAGACGAAGAGGUUUUCAAAGCUUGCCGCGAGGCCGAGAUCCACGACUUCAUCGAGUCGCUUCCUGACGGGUACGGCACUGACAUUGGCAGUAAAGGAGUCGCGCUGUCUGGUGGACAGAAGCAGCGCAUCUCAAUCGCUCGCGCCCUUGUCCGUAAUCCCCAGGUCUUGUUGUUGGAUGAAGCGACGUCUAGUCUCGACAGCAAGUCCGAGAAGUUGAUCCAGGCUGCGUUUGAGAAGGCGGGUAAGGGUAGGACUAUGGUCGUCGUCGCGCAUCGUCUAGCGACGAUUCAGAAUGCGGACGUGAUCUUUGUGCUUGGGGGUGGUGCCGGUGGCGCAAGAGUACUUGAGAAGGGAAGUCAUGCGGAACUGUUGGGCAAGAAGGGUGUGUACUACCAGAUGUGUCAGAGCCAGGCCUUGGAUAGGUAG